AUGUCUGCCGCCUCCUUCAGCCCAGACUCGAACAGCACCUCGCAUAGCGGUCGUCGCAUCGGUGCACACAUUUCGCGGCGAGACUCGGGUUGCUACUCUGACAGCUGCUCCUCGGAGCCAUACCCGUACGAUGCCUUCUACAAGGACAAGCCGACGCCAGACUAUCUCAACAGUCAAGCCAUCGACCAGCAAAUUUCUGGCUGGACAAUAGUACAGAUCGGGUUGCGCAUUAUAUCGCUGUUCCUCUCGGGCAUGGUGGCGGGUUGCAGCAUAAGGGGGUAUCUAACCGGCUUGAUAUUGUGGUUGCCACUCGUCAUCGUCAUCGUGCUCUGGGAGGUCGCUGAGCUGUUGGCGUUUGCCGUACAACGGACACAUGGUCUGCCACGGAAAGCACACGUCAUCGUCGAGUUCCUCAUCGCGCUUGGCGCUCUCGCCUACACGGGACUCUCGGUAUGGGAGAUAUUCGUGUUUCGGGGGUACAGAAGCAUUGUCGAGUUCGCCGUGGUGACGGGGCUCUGCGCCGUGAUAUCGUGA